AUGAAUGCUUUCAAUUUUUCACCUUAUCCAAGUCUGGUUUUAAAUUUUCCAAAGAAUUCGCACUCCGAUUUGGGACAAACGCGCAGCUCCUAUUUUGGAUACACUCUAGUCAUCCGACCCUCCAGCAUCAUCGUAGGGGCUCCCCGCUCCAAUUCCACCGCAAUGUCGCUAAGAGGUGUCAAAGAGCCGGGAGCGAUCUAUAGGUGCUCUUUAGAAAAGGAUAAAUGUAGUCCGUAUAUGCUAAAUAGUCCUGUGCGAUCCUCGCCGAAAACUAAUAAUAUACAAGACCACAACGAUUUCCAGUGGCUGGGCGGAUCAAUGGAUGGCGGCACCCUGGACACGGAUAUGCUGAUAGCGUGCGCUCCCCGUUUCUACCGUGAAAUCAUAAAUGAAUACUAUAUGACUGGAGCCUGCUAUCCAUUAAAGGACACGGUUGAUAAAAAACCAAAACCUGUUACACCCAUCUUCGGAGACCGCGGUAAGCCCGGAACGUAUGAAGCCGUGGGAGAAAUGGGACUAAGUGCUCAUGUGGUGGACGAUAACACAAAUUUCCUUAUUGGAGCACCUAUCCAGAAAAACGGCACAGGAGUUAUCUUUGUUUACAAAUCGGGCAGAACAGACAACGUAGAUGAAAUAGGACAAACUACACAGCGCAAUGACUCUUACUUUGGCUAUGCAGUGAGCUCCGGCCACUUUGACAGCUCUAAGAUGCUCCGCCUGCUCUAUGUGAUUACUGCCCCUCAAGCGAACGAGGCAUCCGGCGAGGCCUAUAUCAUUAGCCCAGAGUUGCAUAUAUUACAUAUAUUCCAAGGAGAACAGAUCGGGGAGUACUUUGGCUAUUCAGUGUUGGCAGAGGAUCUGAAUGGGGACAAGCUAACGGACUUGAUUGUCUCGGCACCCAUGCACGCCAGGAAGGAUUCCGCCGACAAUGGCGCCAUAUACGUGUUCAUCAACAAGGGCUCUUUCGAGUUUAAGAAGAAAAUUGUGAGAUCACCAUUGGCCAACAGCGCUCGGUUCGGCACAACUCUUUCUCGCCUCGGAGAUAUCAAUCAUGAUGGAUUCAACGACGUCGCAGUGGGAGCUCCAUUUGCCGGAAAUGGUUCGGUGUUCAUUUACCUGGGCAGCGAGCAUGGAUUGCGGGAUGUGCCGAGCCAGCAACUUGACUCUCCUGCUCAGCACCCGUCCAAAUACGGAGCUCACAUGUUCGGACACGGUCUCUCCCGGGGCUCCGAUAUUGAUGGUAACGGAUUCAGUGAUUUGGCCGUCGGAGCGCCUAACGCCGAGGCUGUGUUCCUUUACCGAACCUAUCCGGUGGUCAAAUUAUAUGGCACCAUAAGAUCGAAGGAACGACAGAUCAGGCCGCAGCAGAAAACACUGAAUAUCACGGCUUGCUACCGACUAAGUACAUCAGCCAAGAAAUGGGAGGCGCAGGAGCAGGAUCUGGCCAUUCGGAUUGUCGCAGAUCCGCACCUAAAGAGGAUUACCUUCGUUCAAACGCAGACACAUGAACUGAACUAUAUAGCGAAGGUGAGGCAGAAAUGGCAGUGUCGCGAACUAGAGCUGCAGGUGUCCUUUGAUCAGAGGGACGUAUACAAGCCCAUCGAUGUGCAUAUGCACUAUGAGAUUGUCCAAGAUAAGCAUGUCGAUGAGACAAGUGAGUUCUGUGAGAAAUGCGUUGCUGUUGAUCCAACGGACCCGAACACUUUCACUGAGAGGAUCGUGUUUAAUGCAGGAUGCUCCUCUGCCAUUUGUAUCGCUGAUCUGCAGCUUAACAGCUCGGAUGUGGGCUCUACCUUCACUUUGGGCAGUAAUGACAUUCUUCGACUUACCUACACAAUCACCAACGCCGGAGAGACCGCCUACCUGCCCCAAUUCAAAGUGAACAGCACCUCCCGCCUGACUUUCGCCCAAGUUCCGGGCGACUGCCAGGUCAGUGAAGCCGUCAUGAUGUGCAACCUUAACGGAGGACAGGCGCUGGGCACAGGUGAGACCGAUUCCGUAACCGUCAGCUUCGAUGUUAGCCAGCUUAGUGGUGAAUCGCUGGUGGUCACUGCCGAAGUAUUUAGCACGGGAAAUGAGAAAAACAUCACGGAUAACAAGCACGUCAACGAGAUCAGUCUGAGGGAGUUCACCGAAAUUGAUAUCAUGGGCAAGCAAACAAGUUCCCAAAUAUAUCUGGGAAACCAUGGAGAAUCCUUGGAAGUCAAAAAUAAUUUCGAGAUCAAGAGCAACGGACCCAGUGCUGUCAAGGAGUUGACGGUAACCUUGCAGAUUCCCAUUGCCUAUAGGUUAAAUGGAUCUACGGCCACGAUACCCAUAAUCAACAGAACCAGCGUAAAGGUGCUGGCCACCUACGAGUCCCAGCCGUUGGUUAUCGAGCUGUUGAGCAAUGAGACGGUAGAGGCUUCAAUUGAGGACAGGAAUUCAGAAAUCCAACGAAUUCAAGGCCUUCGUGAUCUUGAAAUUCCGGGCAACACCUCUUAUGAUCUUAUAAGUGGGAACCUAAGGGGUCAACUGCCGCUGAAUCGCACCAUUGUCUCCGCCUGUCAGGACUCCGAAAACACGAUAUGCAUUCGGGCAUCUGUGCAUGGGGUGCGUCUUAGGCCAGGGAACUCUGUUUACCUGAACGUGAGCUACCACGUGAAUCUGGGCGAAGUGAAUGCCAUUUUGCUGAAUCCCUGGCAGUACUUUGUCAUCCUUACCGAUGUGGACCUGGCGAAAAAGGACGAUCCCUCUUCCAGUUCUAUGGCAAUUAGUAAAAGAAUAGAGCCCAAUGUUAUAACCAAGCACUUAAAGGCAAAUAUUUCCAUUGCGGCUUUACUUCCGUCCGCCGCUGUGGGUUUGAUUAUUUUCUUAGUUAUUAACUAUGCGAUGUACAAGUUCGGCUUCUUCCGUCGCCCCAAGAGGGAAGAGAUGCUCAGAGUGAAACAUCAGAGUAGCUCAGUAGAAGAGACUGAGUUAAAUGAGGAAAAUUCGUUGUAAACUCGAAUUAAUUACUUUGUUUAUAUACCUUAAAUGUCUAAAGCGACGGCAGUAGUAACAAAUGUCUCCAAUAUAAGUUAAUGUCUGCAGAAACACAUUACCUCAAAAAACGAACUUAAAAUAUGCAAUACCAUUAUAAUAAUCUCUGUUAAUAUAAGAUCAACAUGCAAAUACCAUUUCGUGCUUCACCCAAGCA